AUGGACGACGUGUGAUACGUCUAAUGUUUUGGAUUUAAGAAAACGCAGUAAAAUGAUAUCAAAACAGUUUGCAUGGAUUGGAGGCAUAGCAACAGUUGUUGCUACAGGACUCUAUGUAUUCUUUGGUCCUUCCGAAAAGAAGAAACCAAAAAAGAAGGAUCUGUGUCCAGGCUUGGAUAAUCUUGGCAAUACUUGUUUCUUGAAUGCUAUAUUGCAAGCAUUUGCAUCCUGCCCAACUGUUGGGAAAUGGCUAAAAGACUUUUUUCUUAAGGUCCCCGACACAAGCAAUCAAUAUCUAGCAUCAACAAUAUCUAAUACAAUAAGUGUCCUCAACUAUGACACUGAAGUUGAUGAAGAUUAUCACUGCCCAGCUGAUGUGAUUAAUGCACUCCGAGGUAGGGGAUGGAUUAUCUCCCCUGAUGAACAGGAUGCACACGAACUUUUCCAUGUGCUGACUCAAUCACUAGAUGAGGAAACUGCCAAGUACCCCAGAAUUGUCUCCCUUUUUGAUGUGGGGUUAUUGGAGAAUAAGUCCCUGAGGUACCAGUCUGAAGAAAAGGCCAUCACUCGCAGUAAGGGAUUGUUACCAGUGCUACCUAACAGAGAAAAUGAUCACCCCUUCAGGGGCCUCCUAGCUAGCCAACUUCAUUGUAAUGAGUGUGGCUACAGAAACCCGGUUCGUUAUGACCUCUUUGACAGUCUCUCACUCAGUAUACCAGCCAGUGUUUGGGGAUCAAAGAGUCUUGAGGCCCUCCUUCAGCAUUACAUUAGUGCAGAAACAGUGGAGAAUGUUGAAUGCCCUGGCUGUGCAAAGAUAAAGAACGCUGCUGCUCACAGCAAUAUCCCACCACCACGGUCUACCUUUUGUAAGAAACUUACCAUUGGAAAGCUACCACAGUGCAUGUGUAUCCAUAUUCAGAGAACUCAGUGGCUUGAUAAUGGGUUACCCAUCAAAAGGUAUGAACACAUUUCUUUCCCUGAGAUUCUACAGAUGGACAACUAUGUCUACAACAAAGUCGGAAAACAGCAAGAUCUAAAGGCAAGAAAUGGACUUCUAGGGGGAAAAAAUCACCUACUCUUCAAAAACGUAAGCAACACAACAGAUAAUAGAUCGUCAGGUCCAGUGAACCUUCUUCGGGCUUUGAACUACGACUCAAACAUCACAAGGAAUGGAAUAUUUCUACAGCCACCUGUCAACUGCCAAGUACCCAAUAUCCAUUCAGACGUGAAUCAUAAUGGACCGAAUAUAUCAAAGUAUGCUUCAUCUGAAUUUACAUAUAAACUCUCUGCAGUAGUUGUUCAUCUUGGGGACAUCAUGUCUGGACAUUUUGUGACAUAUAGACGGAGUCCUAUGACAGUGAAAGGAGAAAGAAAAAUGGAUCGUUGGAUCUGUUGUUCAGAUACAACAGUGACUCGUGCUGAGCUGGAUGAUGUGCUCUCUUCAGAGGCAUAUAUGCUUUUCUAUGAAAGAAUGUGAUUGUUAAUGUGUGUGAGGUCAGUUUGAUCUAGACUUAAUUCUCUUGACUUUUACUUUUAAAACCAAGUGUUUCUUUGAACUCAGGUGUUAUGUGGUACCUAGUCAAUUACUUACAAUAUAUGAUAUCUUUCUAAAGAACAAAGGAUAUUAAAGAACAGACACAUUUAUACAGUAUUUGCAUGAAGAUAGCAGUUACUGAUCCUUACAAAUAAUUCUCACAAAUACUCGCCCUUCCUGUAGAUACUGAGAUAGAUAAGCUUUUCCACUCAGGCUCUUGUAUGUAUUUACUAAAAUACUAACCCCCACACAUCCAUAUUCCACUAAUAGUCUAAUAUGAAUAAUACAAUCCCCCACCCCAUCCUUCCUCACAAUCUGACCUUCAUAUGCCACUAAUUGAAAUAGAUGUUGACCCAACUUCCUCAUUAAUCUUCUAUAUUCUACUAAUAUAGAUACCCCCCUCCCCCCUUCCUACCCCACCUCAUCCCAUUCUUCCACCUCCACCUCCACAUUCCAGGUAUGUAAAUAACCUCAAACCUGUAUUUUCCACUAACACAAAUAACACCCCACCCUCUUAUAGUUACGGUAUAUUCUAAAUUAACCAAUUUAUUCCAAACCUAUCCUACCCUUUAGCCCCUCCUUACUUCUUUAUUCUACUAACACACCCAUGUGUUGAGCAAUACUGCCACCACACUAAGAUCUCAAUUGUAGGGCAGUUUGACUAUAUUUUGCAUUCCUGCUUUGGUAAGAUUUCAUAUUGAAUUUCAUUUCUGUAAAGCAGGAACAUAGGCUAAUGCAUGUUUUAUCAACAUUUAUUAUUAGUUUGAAAAUAAUUCAAUGCAGCAUAAACAUUUGCAAUUUUACAGUGAUUCAUCAAUGAAUGUGUGAUAUUUAAUCUUGGUAAGAUUUUUCAAACUCAUAUUUUUACUUGAUGGGGAUGGUUUCCAUAGCGACAUGUAUAUGAGUUUGUUAUUCACUUGUAAGAGUGUUAUUGGACAUGUAAUUGUAUGGGAAUUAUUCCUGUGUUGCAAGUGUUUAUAAAGUCUGUUCCAAUAAUGUCAUUUUUCCUUUUGUAACACAACACUUGAAAGUUUUUGAUACUCUGAUAGGUCUUUUUAUCUUAAAAAUCACCAUGUAGAAGUUUAAUUCUUUUUUAUUUUCUUGCUUGGUGUCCUUUGAUAAUUAUGAUGAUGAUACAACAAUGACACUUCUGUCUGUUGUGAUAACAUUACCAAUUAGUAAUGAUAAUUUAGUGAGAAGGUAUUGUUCAUGAUGAGUGACCCUUAAUCAUAAUGUAUCAGAUCAUAUAAUUGAAUUUGUUUGAAGGAUUAAUGAUAUGUACUUCAGCUUAGCUUUAUAACCCUGUUCUUAACUCAUUAAUGAAUACUGUUUGCAGAAUAAAAUUGUGUUUGAUAUCAGUUUUAUACUUGAUGAAAAACUGUAAAAGGCUGUUUAUUCAUACUAGCAUUUAGAAAUUUGCCACACUUUUUGUAAUUAUUAAUAUAGAUUUAAGUUAGCACAAUAUGCAGGUGAGGACCCCACGGUACAGUGAAAAUAGCACCACAAAAAUGCUGCCUAAGUUAUGCCUUUGGGAUGGUCUUUGCAGGAGUAUUAUUUAUCACAAAUGUUUUCCCACUUAUAAUACAAAUAUGUAAGAUUGUAAAAUGGAAAUUGAACUCCUCAUGCAGUUUUGUAUCAGUGUAAUAUAAACUCUGUGGCAAAAAUCAGAAGUGUCUUCAUGUCUGGUGAAGAAGUACAUGGAGCUCAAAUUCUGAGCCAAUAUAAAAGACCGCUCUGUGAUAAUUUUGCUGAAUAAGUAAGUGCGAUGUGAUGGAAAUAAUGUAAUUGUUUGUAAUAGCACUUUCAAAGUAACGUUUUUGAAAAACGCAACUGCAUCCUGUUAAUACCACUUUGUCUGUUUAUGAUGAAAAUACCAGGUAUCUCCAUUACAAGCUGUGUAAUUUGAAAAUCAUGAUAAAUCUACAAUGAAGUAUUCAAAUGAGCGAAUAACAGGUGACCUUUGACCUGGUACAGAAUGUUGCCUCUAGGAUAGUUUGGUCCCAUGGUAACAAUCACAAUACUGGAUGACAGGUAUUUGUGUCUCUUUCAAACCUUUAUAUGUCUCCUCUAUAUCUAGAUAUCAUGAGAUAUUGGCUAGCUGGCAAAUCUUUGAGGUCUUUUUCAUUAUUUAACAGAGCUUUAAGAUCUCAUUUAUUUAAAGCUUGAGGUCUUUUACUACAUAUAAUGAUGAUGAUUCUAUAAUUCAUUAUCAUAAAACCAGAAAUUUAAAGUUAUCAAGAUACAAAAUGCUUCAAUAUGUCAUUUGAAUUUUAAACUUCAAUAUUAUGAAAACUUAAAUAUUGGAUUUUUUUUAUACAGUUUACAGCAGACUCAGAGCAUGUAGAUCUUUAUCAUGAUAAGAAUUAAUUUAUUUGGUGCUUUUGUAUGUUCACGUUUGUCAUCAGAUUAUUUCAUGUUUAAAACUUCAUCAUCCAUCUGUAUUGUUUCAAGAACUCAGCAGUCCCAAAGUAAAUGAUUUUCUAAUAAACAUGAUGUGAUGUAGAUGAUAAGAGUGAUUAGCAGUUAGAGACUGUUACAGAUUAUUGACAGAUCUAUGAAGAGUCCAUGAAGCCGGUUUUUGCUCAUUUAUAUUACUCCACCAUCCAUGUGGUGAGAGUGAGCAAGAUUGUGUAAGUUUGGUUGUUGAGUGAGGACAUAAGAUAGUACUUUAAUGGCUGAGAAUUCGAUCAGAAUUCUGUUUGGAGUAAGGUUCCGAUCUUCAUUUUUUUUCAUUUCAAAAAACAUAAACAAUCUUUGUAAUUAUAUGGGAUCAGUUACUUCUGCUGAUUGUUGUCGCACAAAAAUAAUGCAAUAUUUGUAUCUCUUAAUAUUUUAUGGAAUAAUUCCCUUCUUUUAAUCCAGUACCUUUCAUUUAGAUUUAUAAAAUUCUGGCAUGUAAGAAUUUAUCGUAAAUUAUUAGAACAUACAAACUUUCAAAGGAAAGUUACAUACAUUACCAUUAUAGCAUGGACUAGAGAGACAUGGCUAUGUCUAAGUACAUACAUUUAUACAUACAACCAUUUUUGUAUCGGUCGAGAGUUGUGAGAAUUUGUAAGAGUAUUUGAUACUUGGGUGUGACUGUAAAUUAUGAUGCUUGUGUACAUUUUCCAUUAAAUUGUUUUACUCCUUGAAAUAAAAGCUUUAUUGAAAA